AUGCCACCUACUAGGAGUGCAGGUGCCCCUGGUACCAUGACGGCAGUGCAUGUGCCCCUGGUACCACGACGGCAGUGCAUGUGUCCCUGGUACCACGACGGCAGUGCGUGCGAGGACGAGAGCUUCUCAGUGGCAUGUCUCAACUCACUUACACAUGUGGGUGGGUGUCCUUGGUACCACGACGGCAGUGCAUGUGAGGACGAGAGCUUCUCAGUGGCGUGUCUCAACGACUGCUCGCAGCGGGGCGGCUGCGAGGGGGGCGUGUGUCAAUGCCAGGCGGGCUUCUUUGGUGCCGACUGCUCGCUCUACUAUAAUGAGGAGUUGCGUCUGAGGCGAAAAGGAAACCUUUUCUCACCAUCGCCAACUCCUCUUUCCCAUCCUCCACCUUCCCCGCCCACCAAUCAGGAGGCUCCCCGGAUGCAGCACUCGCCCUACAUCGACCACCCCAAAGCCCUCUGGUUCUGGGAGCGGCUACUCGCCAGCCGCCACCGCACCAUCGACCCGCGUGAAGCUGAUUACUUCUACGUGCCUCUGCUCAUCCGGUCCUGGGAGCGCCUGCUGGCCAGCCGCCACCGCACCAUCGACCCGCGGGAAGCGGACUUCUUCUACAUGCCUCUCCUCAUACGCAACCGAGACAGUGGCAAGCAGCGGCUCAUCUCAGAGACCAUUUCCUUCAUCCGCUCGCUCGGCCCCUUCUGGGACGCCAAGGGCGGGGCAGACCACAUUUUCCUGGUGAGCGAGGAGUACGGCAAGUGCGCCCUGCAGCUCUACGGGCUCGAGGACCCGCGGCUAGCUUCCGCAAUCACCCUCACUCCAUGGGGGUACACUUGCAACAUGCUCGGGACGCCAGACGGAGGCCCGUGCUUCCGGCCCAGGCAGGACAUAGUGAUUCCGCCCUCGGCGCAUCUGAGGCACCAGCAGAAUGCGAGUAUGGUGAGGGAGGCUGGAGGGCUGCCUACGCUGGUGAGGGAGGGAGGUGCGGAUGGGGAGGGAGAGGUGCAGCAGCAGGGGCAGGAGCAGCAGGAGGAGGGGAAUGGUGGGCAGGGGCAGGGUGGGAGGGAACGACAGUACCUUUUGUUCGUACGAGGGCUGAAUGUGAGCGACGGCAGCAGCACCUGGGACGAGGAGGCACACCGGCAGGAGCAGGGGGGGCAGCGGCAGGGAGACAACAAGGAGCAGCAGCAGGUGCAGGCAAGGAGGAAGGAGCAAGGGAAGCCGCCGUUCAGCUUUGGCGUGCGGCAGCGGGUGUUUGAGCUGUACGCGAGGCGGGACGGCGAGACGGGCUUUAAGGUGGAGGUGGUACCGGAUGGCGGUGAGGAGCUGGCGUAUGGUGGCAUGGAGCACAGCGUCUUCUGCCUUGCCACCGCGGGCCACGGCUGGCAUGCGUUGCUCGCCAUGGCCAUGAUUGCGGGAUGCGUGCCCGUGGUCAUUCAGGUAUCAGUCUUGUAA